CCCCACGAAAAGGAAGCGAGCUCCACAACGCUCCUGCUCUUGCUGCUGCUGGGGAAUUUUUCUUGAUCAACUUGCUUUCAACAAACAUGCAUUCAGUAGCUUGAUUCCUGCCUCUAAUGCUGCUUCUACUGCCGCCACCGCUUUUAGCUGGGCCAUGCUGACAACAAGGAUGUAAGGCGCAAGUCCUAUCGUUAGAAUUUUUGGCUUCGUUGUUGUAUGGUCAGUGCUGUGGCCCUCUCAUUAGUGGUGUGAGGAGAAGCGCGAUCGGAGUGGGAGAGUGCGCGAUAGCUUCCUCUGCACAAAAUGGGAAGUGAAGCUGGAUCCCGAUCGUCUCUUACCAAGCCCUUCGACCCAGAGGAAUUCCGGAAGCAUGCCCACCGGAUGGUGGAUUUCAUCGCUGAUUACCACCGUGAUAUCGAAAACUUUCCUGUUCAGAGUCAAGUCGAGCCAGGUUAUUUGCAGAAAUUGCUUCCGGAAAACGCUCCAGAUGAGCCAGAAUCACUUGAUGAUAUUUUAGCCGAUGUGCAGAGCAAAAUUGUUCCUGGGGUCACACAUUGGCAGAGUCCGAACUUCUAUGGCUAUUAUCCCUCGAAUGGAAGCACCGCAGGUUUUCUGGGCGAGAUGCUUAGUGGGGGCUUCAACAUUAUUGGCUUCAGCUGGAUUACAUCCCCAGCUGCAACAGAGCUGGAGAUAAUAGUUAUGGACUGGCUUGGGAAGCUCUUGAAGCUCCCAAAUGAGUUUCUCUCUUCUGGUAAAGGUGGGGGUGUGAUACAAGGCACAGCAAGCGAAGCUGUGUUAGUGGUCAUGUUAGCAGCUAGGAAGCGUGCAGUGGAGAAACUAACCAAAGAGCAAGGGAUCUCAGAAUUUGAAGCUUUAGCAAAAUUAGUAGCUUACACGUCGGACCAAGCACACUCAUGCGUUAAUAAGGCUAGCCAGAUCGCAGGUAUCAGUAUAGAAAAUCUCCGGCUAAUUCCAACAGACGUUUCAACGAACUAUGCCAUGUCUUCAAAAGUGCUUGCAAAUACUCUUGCAAACGAUGUUAAAGCUGGACUUGUGCCUUUCUUUCUCUGUGGAGUGAUCGGAAGCACUUCGUCAGCAGCUGUAGACCCUCUGUCAGAACUUGGAGAUCUUGCUCAGGAGUACGGGAUGUGGUUUCAUGUGGAUGGAGCAUAUGCAGGAAAUGCAUGCAUCUGUCCAGAAUUUCGACCAUAUCUGAAUGGUGUAGAGAAAGCUGACUCAUUUGACAUGAAUCCGCACAAGUGGCUGCUAACCAACUUCGAUUGUUCUACAUUAUGGGUGAAGAAUCCAUCAUUGCUGGUAGAUGCUCUUUCGACAAACCCAGUGUUUCUGCGUAACAAACAGUCUGAUAAUAACUUGGUAGUCGAUUACAAGGACUGGCAGAUUCCUUUGGGGCGAAGAUUCAGAUCACUGAAGCUGUGGAUGGUACUGCGCAUGUACGGAAGCAAUGGGUUGCGAUCCUAUAUCACCAACCAUUGCAAUCUAGCAAAGCACUUUGAAGAACUUCUUCGUACCGAUUCCAGAUUCGAGGUCGUUGCGCCAAGAGUAUUUUCACUAGUUUGCUUCCGGCUCAAAUCUCCGGCUAAUGAUGCAGACAACAGCUGUUCUUUGAGUGCAAAGUUGGUAGAUGCCUUAAACAGUGAUGGAAAUAUUUUGAUCACCAACACGGUUCUUGGAGGUCGCUACACUAUCAGGUUCACCGUCGGUGCAUCUCGCACGGAGUUGCGACACGUUGAUGCCGCAUGGAAAGUCAUUCAGCAGCUAGCAUCCAAGCUUCUGAAAGAGUGUAGUUCGUAAACAUCCUCAAGUUGUUUAAAAGGUUAGCUAUGUUUUCUCAUUCCUGCUUGUGAAAAUUGCAAUGCUCAGCUGACUGUGCGAAAUCCCUGUGCUUGUCCCGGUCAUAUUAGACGAACGUCAGAACUGACCGCUUGAUAGACCUAGACAAUCGUAAUGGUUUUUUCCUUUAAGCUUCUUUUGCAAUUGUAAAGAAAGGCUUUCCACAUGCUGAAAUGAAGCAACAAUAAAAAUUGUGAAGGGAAUAUAUUGAAGGAU